UGGCAUAAAAGAACACACACUGGAGAGAAGCCUUACAAAUGUAAUCAAUGUGGUAAAGCCUUUGCAAAAAGCAGUCAGCUCAUACGGCAUAAAAGAACACAUACUGGAGAGAAACCUUAUGAAUGUAACCAGUGUGGUAAAGCCUUUGCACAAAACAGUCAUCUCAUAAGCCAUAAAAGAACACACACUGGUGAGAAACCUUAUGAAUGUAAUGAGUGUGGCAAAGCCUUUGCAGAAAACAGUCAUCUCAUGAGCCAUAAAAGAACACACACUGGAGAGAAACCUUAUGAAUGUAAUGAGUGUGGCAAAGCCUUUGCACAAAACAGUCAUCUCAUAAGCCAUAAAAGAACACACACUGGUGAGAAACCUUAUGAAUGUAAUGAGUGUGGCAAAGCCUUUGCAGAAAACAGUCAUCUCAUGAGCCAUAAAAGAACACACACUGGAGAGAAACCUUAUGAAUGUAAUGAGUGUGGGAAAGCCUUUGCAGAAAACAGUACUCUCUUAAGCCAUAAAAGAACACACACUGGAGAGAAACCUUAUGAAUGUAAUGAGUGUGGCAAAGCCUUUGCACAAAACAGUACUCUCUUAAGCCAUAAAAGAACACACACUGGAGAGAAACCUUAUGAAUGUAACCAGUGUGGUAAAGCCUUUGCAAAAAACAGUCAUCUCAUGAGCCAUAAAAGAACACACACUGGAGAGAAACCUUAUCAAUGUAACCAGUGUGGUAAAGCCUUUGCAGAAAACAGUCAUCUCAUAAGACAUAAAAGAACACAUACUGGAAAGAAAACUUAUGAAUAUACCCAAUGUGAUAAAGCCUUUGCACAGCAGAGUACCAUAAAACUACAUAAAAGGAUACAUAGAGGAGAGAAACAUCAUGAAUGUAACCGAUGUGGUAAAGCCUUUCUACGUAACAGUCAUCUCCUAAUACAUAAAACAACUCACACUGGAGAGAAACUUUAUGAGUGUAAUGAAUGUGGUAAAGCCUUUGCAUGUAACAGUCAUCUCCUGCUACAUAGAAGAACUCACAGUGGAAAGAAACCUUAUGAAUGUAACCAAUGUGGUAAAGCCUUUGCACGUAACAGUAGUCUUCUAGUACAUAAAAGAACUCACACUGGAGAGAAACCUUAUGAAUGUAACCAAUGUGGUAAAGCCUUUGCAUGUAGCAGUAGACUUCUAGUACAUAAAAGAACUCACAGUGGAGAGAAACCUUAUGAAUGUAACCAAUGUCAUAAAGCCUUUGCAUUCAAGAGUAGUCUUCUAGUACAUAAAAGAACUCACACUGGAGAGAAACCUUAUGAAUGUAACCAAUGUGGUAAAGCCUUUGCAUGUAACACUGGUCUCCUAGUACAUAAAAGAACUCACAAUGGUGAUAAACCUUAUGAAUGUAACCAAUGUGGUAAAGCCUUUGCACGUAACUGUAGUCUUCUAGUACAUAAAAGAACUCACACUGGAGAGAAACCUUAUGAGUGUAAUGAAUGUGGUAAAGCCUUUGCAUGUAAUAGUCAUCUGCUACAUAGAAGAACUCACAGUGGAGAGAAACCUUAUGAAUGUAACCAAUGUGGUAAAGCCUUUGCAUGUAACAGUAACCUUCUAGUACAUAAAAGAACUCACACUGGAGAGAAACCUUAUGAAUGUAACCAAUGUGGUAAAGCCUUUGCAUUGAACAGUCAUCUCCUAAGACAUAAAAGAACUCACACUGGAGAGAAACCUUAUGAGUGUAAUGAAUGUGGUAAAGCCUUUCCAUGUAACAGUCAUCUCCUGCUACAUAGAAGAACUGACAGUGGAGAGAAACCUUAUGAAUGUAAACAAUGU